UCGACUUACUCAAUAAUAUUUUGGGGUAAUGGUUAAAAAAUGUUUUGCUUGUUGCUAAUUGCUAAUCUGUGUAGUGGAGCAGCGUGCACGAUAUCCAAACCAGAGAUCCCAAGGAUUACGCCGAUGCUUACUGCUAUGUUGAGGAUGCUGCCGUCCCUGCAUUCACGGAGCGACAGGACGAGGAGGACAUGAGACCGACGGACAUAUGGAUGGGAUUCAUGACGAAUUCGAAUUACUUAUCGGACAGGAAUCCGUUCAGCAGGACGAACGACGAACGCUCGUACAUGGGCGUGAUGAACAGCGGUCUCAUCGGGACUAAUUCGUACACGCGUUUCCACUACCGGAGACCCGGCGACAAGAACAAAAUCAUAAAGAACGUGCCCAGACUGACGCACUACGUCGACGAGCUCAGCGUCGGCAAGGGUUUCAUCAAGGAGCCCUGCUUCUCGGCGGACGGAAGGAUCAUCUGCUCGCCGUACGGCAACGGCGUUCGUCUCUUCAGCUUCAACGACGAGGUGCAAGAGUUGAGUCUCUGCGUGCCGGAGAAACCCAAGAAGUUGUACCCGCUCAACACCUUGACCGAUCAGCAUUCGGACGUCGUCGUCUGCAGCAAGUUCAACCCCACCAACAAUUAUCAACUCGUCACCGGUUGUCUGAGUGGAGAGAUCGUAUGGUACAAACCCAAAUUUUAAGUACACUUAAAAACAACAAC